AUGUCCAACUCAACCUUCCAGUCAUUUUCCACACACUCGUCCAGCACAACCAUCAACGGCCAAACAACCUCAAAAUCUGAGCAAAUCUUCACAGACCCCAGUGGUACUCGCGUUCAGCGCACACACCAAACAUCCGGCGAAGAGCCGCGUGUCGAGCGAUUUGAGACGGAUGCUACUGGUAGACAGUUGGAGGACCCUGGACAUGCAGAUGCGAAGCGGAUACAGGAUGUGACUGAGGAGGAAGACGCGAAGGCGAAAGAUAGGCAGUAUGCCGAAAGGAUGGAGGACGAAUAUGCUAAAAGAGAGGGCGGUGCUUGA